CCGCGGUAUAAUUCAGUUGGGUUACGUUUUUAUUGCUUUGGACAUCAAAGGCUGUCAACAUGAACUUCCUUUUAGCAAUUACGGCGGUGUUGCUGGGUACAUCCCAGGGCAUGUACUUACAACGAAACCCCCACCAUCAACAAGCUGUUGCCCGCCAAUCCCGGAACGAACCCACUGUCCUCAAAUCCUUAGGCGACUUCUUCCAUAGAAUGCACGCAGCCGCCACCAAGAGAUGUGCUUACCUCCUAGACGAAUCUUGCAACAACGGAGGCAUACCUGGAGCAGGCUCGGACAACGACUGGCUCAACCAAGGCUUCAAUCCUGGCAAGAGGGGUUUGAAUUUGUUCGAGGAAGGGGCGGCUUACAACGGGCUAUCAGGAUCAGGAGCAGACAGCGACUGGCUAAACGGCGGCUUCAAUCCCGGUAAGCGCUGCGUCAACACCAUGGAUGAAUCUUGUAGUAAUGGCGGCAUUCCUGGUUCUGGAUCUGACAGCGACUGGCUCGAUGGAGGUUUCAACCCUGGCAAGCGUAGCCUUAAUCUCUUUGAGGAAGGUAUUGUCAACAAAGGCGUUUCUGGAGCCGCGGCCGACAAUGACUGGUUGAAUGGUGGCUUCAAUCCAGGAAAACGGUGCGCCAACACCAUGGAUGAAUCUUGUGGCAAUGGAGGUAUUCCAGGAUCUGGAGAAGACAGGGAUUGGUUGGAUGACGGAUCGGCUAAUCCAGGUAAAAGGCGAUUGAAUGGUAUUGAAGGUGUUCCUGGAUCUGGUAACGACAAUGACUGGUUGCAUGGAGACAACACACCUGGCAAACGAUGAGGAUCUGGACUGCUAUAAGUUAUUUUUGUAAUCGACUGAUCUAAUGAAAGUUCCAAAAUUUUAUAAUGUUUCUUCUAAUACUAAUAAAGAUAGAUAUUUAUUAAGACCA